AAUUGUAUAAAAAUUAUUGUUUCAAGAAUAAUUUUGGUAAAAGAAAUUUUAUUUGAACCGUGGUCAUUUCGUGGAAUAUUAAAAUCACCUCAACAGAUCGUUAUUGAUGGUGCAACUAUACGAGAAAUCCCAAAAAAUGCCUUUAGUGGUCUUUCGAAUAUGGAACAUUUUUGGUUUCGCAAUUCAACAAUUGGUUUCAUAGCACAGAAUUCGUUCGAGAACAUUUCCAAAAUUGAAUAUUUAUACUUCCGUGAUACAGUUAUAUUUUCCUUAGAUCAAAUUUCUAUCGAAGUCUGUGAUAAUUCAGGUUACAUGCGAGACAUUGCACAUCUCUUUUUUCGUAGCAGUAUUUAUAUUGGUUCAAGUGGUCAUUCAGUAUUCGCAUAUUCAUAUAUUUCUGAAUUAAUUUUCGAAGAUGCUAAUAUUACUAGCGAUGAGCAAAUAUUUAGCGAUUUUCAAACGAAUCGCCUCAAAUUUAUAAAUUCCCGAUGGAAAAAUAUAAUAAACGGAAAAAAACAAACUUUUGUAUUUCACAUAAAUGAAAUCUUUUUAUUAAACUGUAUUCUAAAUAGUUUUAUUUUAACGUCAGGAAACGUGAGUUCUAUUAAAAUUCACGAAAGUGAAGUCCAAGAAAUUAGAGGAAAUUCACGAAACAGUCAGAACCAUAUUAAAUUUAUUGAAUUUCAUCAGUCGGUAAUUAAGCGAAUCAAGUCAGAAUCGUUUCUCAAUGCUAAGCAUAUAGCGCGAUUUAGCAUUGCCCAGUCGAGGAUUGGAGUUAUCGAAGCUCGUUCUAUUCAAACAUCGAAAAUUGCUCAAUUAAACAUUAAAAGCACUAUGAUCGAUAAAAUUCACCAUAAUGCCAUGCAAAACAAUUCUAUUCACUCACUGCUAUUAUUAAAUAGUACCAUUAAUAAAAUAUCGAGUAAAAUACUAGCAAAGAGUCGAAUUAAUACUAUUGUCAUUGACAAUGUUUACAUGGGAAAUUUGAAGAAAUAUUGUUUGGCAGAGAUUAUGGGCGAGAAUCUCUCGAUAGUAAAUUCGAGAAUUCAACAAAUCAGAGAAAUGCCUUUCCUGAAAUCACAGUUCGACAAUAUUACGAUGCUUGCAAAUGUGAUCACGAAAGGUGUUUUAAGAGAUAUUUUCACCAACUUAAGUACAAAUUUUCUUCUAAUAAUGAGGAAUUAUUUCCCAUGUGAUCCGCAUGAUUGCGAGACGAAUUCGCUCAUUUUAAUCAAAUCUAAAAAAGAUUUGCGAUGGCGAUUUGAAGACAAUCAAUGCAUCGAAAAUAAAGAUAUUUGUGUUAAGGAUCGAAUUUCUAAAUUCAAUGGUCUCACCUGCAGAUUAAGCCGACAAAUCGCUGAAUGUGUAUGCAACAUUAAUGAGCCGGUGAACCUUCCGCAACUGGAUGUUUCUGUGCUUUUUAUCGAGGGUUGUUUUCAACUAUACUUGGAGCAUAAGACAUUGCUCGCUUCAACGCCGCUCGUUGCACUUCACAUCCACGGCGUUGAACUUCUAUUUAUUAAAGGAGUAUCUCAAUCGUUGAGGACCAUAAUAUUAUGUAAUUCGCGAAUUUCAAUACAUCAAAAUGCAUUUUAUGGUAGUCAAAUAGAUCGCCUUGAAAUUAAUUCGAGCUCUAUUAAUGUUAUUGAAAGAGCUUCCUUUAAUGACGGAUUUAUUAAAAAAAUCUUAAUCCAUGAUAGCGAGAUUAUGGAUUCUCAGAGUGGUGCCUUUCGAAAUUUUACCGUAAAUUCUUUUAUCGCCGAAAGAACAAAAAUUUAUAAUUCUAUAGAUAUUUGGCAACAUUUCUCUUAUAUUUCAAUUAUGGAAAGUUAUAUUGCUUGUCCAAUGCCCUUACUCAAUGUUUCAUCGCUUUGUCUCAAAAAGAAUAUUAUUGAAUGUGAAUGUGUUGAAGGGGAUUUAGAUGCUAAAAGCAAUUGCGGUGAUGGAUCCAGCAUAUGUAAUGAGCGUAAAUCGCCAAUAUCGCCUUACGAAUGUAGUAUUCCCAGAUUAUGCGAAUCUGCAGGGCCACAUUCACAAGACCGUUACUUAAUUCGAAUUGUUCUAAUUUUUUUAUAUUACGGAAGUCUCUAG